AUAUUCUUACUGAACUCAUAUGGUGUGUGUGUGUGUUUCACCCUCAGGUUACAUUGCUCCAUGGAGUGGGCGCUUCUACUCCCUGUGGGAUACUGGCUAUGCCAAGAUCCACAUUCCCAUCAUAGCAUCAGUAUCAGAGCAUCAGCCCACCACCUGGGUGUCCUUCUUCUUUGACCUUCACAUCCUCGUCUGCACCUUCCCAGCAGGCCUCUGGUUCUGCAUUAAGAACAUAAAUGAUGAACGUGUUUUUGUGGCCCUGUAUGCCAUCAGUGCUGUUUACUUUGCUGGCGUCAUGGUGCGUUUGAUGCUCACGCUGACUCCGGUGGUGUGUAUGCUGUCGGCGGUGGCUUUCUCCAGCGUCUUUGAACACUACCUGGGAGACGACAUGAAGAGGCAGAGCCCUCCAGUAGAGGACAGCAGCGACGAAGACGACAGGAAGAACGCUGGAAACCUCUACGACAAGGCCGGUAAGGUGCGUAAACAUGUGUCGGAGCAGGAGAAGGCUGAGGAGGGCCUGGGCCCCAACAUCAAGUCCAUCGUCACCAUGCUGAUGCUGAUGCUGCUCAUGAUGUUCGCGGUCCACUGCACCUGGGUCACCAGCAACGCCUACUCCAGCCCCAGUGUAGUACUCGCAUCAUACAAUAACGAUGGGUCCCGUAACAUCCUCGAUGACUUCAGAGAGGCGUACUACUGGCUGAGGCAGAACACAGACGAGCACGCCCGAGUGAUGUCAUGGUGGGACUACGGCUACCAGAUAGCAGGCAUGGCCAAUAGAACCACGCUGGUGGACAACAACACCUGGAACAACAGUCACAUAGCACUGGUGGGAAAAGCCAUGUCAUCUAAUGAGACGGCAGCCUAUGAAAUCAUGAGGUCACUGGAUGUUGACUAUGUCCUGAUCAUCUUCGGGGGGGUGAUUGGCUACUCGGGGGACGACAUCAACAAGUUCCUGUGGAUGGUGCGCAUCGCAGAGGGCGAGCACCCCAGGGACAUCAGGGAGAGUGACUACUUCACCCCCCAGGGAGAGUUCAGAGUGGACAAAGCUGGUUCCCCAACGCUGCUCAACUGCCUCAUGUACAAAAUGUCUUACUACCGAUUUGGAGAAAUGCAGCUGGACUUCCGGACGCCGCCGGGCUUUGAUCGAACUCGCAAUGCUGAGAUCGGAAACAAGGACAUCACGCUGAAGCACCUGGAGGAAGCCUUCACCUCAGAGCACUGGCUGGUCAGGAUUUAUAAAGUGAAGAAGCUGGAGAACAGAGACCGUGUGGAACACCAGCUGAGAGGCACCGACACCAAGCAGAAAUACACCUCCAAAAAGACAUCCAAGAGGAAGAGGGGACACAUCAAGAACAAGCUCUCCCUCAAGAAGGGCAAGAAACUGAGCAAGAAGUUUUUAUAGAGAGCCCCCCACCACCAGAGGCACAUUGUGGACGGUAGAGGAGGAACAUCUAAAACCAAACUUUCAACAAAAUCAAGCAGCAACAGUAAAUCCACCAACAAGAUGAAUGAGGAACACAGUCACCCCAGGCUCCUGAUAUUACCAUCAGCUGAAAGAAUGUGUUGACCCCCAGCUGACCUUUGAUCUGAUAAGUGGGGUCAAAGUGCAGAAAAUGGGAGACCCUACCCACACUGGUUUUAACCUGAGGAACCUUUAACUGGCUUUUCUUUUUGUACUUGAAUGUGAUGAGAGACAGAGAGCUGUCCUCAUUCCGAGGAGCCUGCAGGAACACACCUCUGUUCUACCACGUCCCCAAUCCAGAGGGAGGCCCAGUGAUUUAGGGAGGAAUGAAAGUGUGUUUUCUCUUUGUGUAUUCAAAUGUUCAUAGAUAUUCUAUUUGAUGCAAAGGAGAGCAACCCAAAUGCACCACCCUGCUUCUUGAGUUUUGCCUUUCAGAGGUUGAGUUUUUGCUCAGAUGCUUUUGGAAAGUUGAGGUGGUGGAACAUAUACAGCAGUAUGUUUUUUAUGCGUUUCAUUCAAACCAAUUAUUAAUAAGAGUAUGCAUGUACACAUAUGUGCCAACAUGAAACGGCCAUCACUAGGCCUCGUCCUGCUGCGCUGUCUUCAGCGUUUCUAUCAGGAAAGAUAACAUCCUUUAUAUGGCUCAAGCUCCAUAUCCAUUUGCUCCUACAUUUCCCACAAUUCAGGCUUGCUGCGUUUAAACUAUUAUUUGUUCAGUCUUUGGAAGCUCCUGCUAGCAACAGAAGACGUCAUACAAUAUCUAACAGUCCAAAGCUCGUGUUUCUUUCCCUUCAGACCUUUGUUAGUAAUGCCCAGAGCUCAGCAAUGAGCUAAAGAAUACAACAUUACUUUAGAUUAUAGAAAUGACUUCUAAAGCUAUGAAUCCACUCAACCAGAAAAAUCCUUUAAACUGUGUGUGAUUGUGAAAGCUGUGUGUGAUUGUGAAAGCUGUGUGUUAUUGUAAUCUGUAUCAUUCACACAUUGAGCUCAGGACAGAGCUCAGUGUCAGACCUUUUUAAGAUGCGCUCUGAAGCCAGCCAUGUACCCAGGUUUACAUUUGAUUGGUUAAUGAUGAUUAAUCAAAGACUCACUCAAAUGAACACAUCUCAAUGUGUAGGCAGGGCACGUUCCAUCCUUCAAUUGUGUGUGUGUGUGUGUGUGUGUGUGUGUGUGUGUGUGUGUGUGUGUGUGUGUGUGUGUGUGUGUGUGUGUGUGUGUGUGUGUGUGUGUGUGUGUGUGUGUGUGUGUGUGCAGGUUUGUGUGUGUGUGUGUGUAAGGUAUAUGAAGUAACUACAUGUGAGUGUAAACGGAUCAUUUUAGUCUCUACCACUUUGUGUUGCUAGUAGAAUGUGCUAGCAGGGGUUCAUGUCCUGCCUGCCAGUGUGAUCAUUAAACACAUUUGGAAUGAAGCACUCAAAUGUCAAGCUGCUGGGAAAACUAUCGGUGCCUAGGAGCAUUUCAAACACUAUGAAUGGAGAGCUCAUGUCAAUUCCUCGAGCCAUACUGCUGUCUGCAUGGCUGUCAGUCGGUCACAUUCCCUCCAUGUCUCUGAUCCACCACUCUUCCCAGGCGCAUUAUCUGCUUCAGACAUGCUUCACUAACACCGAGCGUUUCCUCAUGAAUCUGGAGGAACAGGCUCUAAAGUCCUCCGAGGUUUCCACACGACGGAGGGCCAUUCAGACGGUGGACACUCUUAUUCUUUGUUAUUUUCUGAAUCUCCACUGUUUGAUCUUUAUUUCUGUCAUGCAAUCAGUCUUACCAUUUCUCAGAAUAACCAAUGAAUUUAGAUUUGAGUGAGGUUUUUGCCCUAUGAUUUAAUACUUGUUUCUUGAAGACAUCACAAGAAGCAAAUGACUCCUGCUUGAGAAACGGAACAGAAACAAGUCUCUUAUUCCCAGAGCUCUAGUCAGUGAGCUUAUUUAUUUCAUGGACGCUGGAGUCAGAUGACUGAAGCUGGGCAGCGUCCCGUCAGGAAAUGCGAGGAUUUGUUCAGCUUUGAUUUUCUAAGUCAAGGUUUCUUCCUUCAAUUGUAAUGUAGAUGCAGGUGUGAGAAUGAAACAUGCCUUUUCAAAUAAAGAGGUUGAAAUAA